GGCAGAACUGUAAAUUACCUUUUCACGAAAAAUAUAUUAAAAAAUUUGUUGUUUCCAAACACUAAGUUUUAAAUACUCGGUUGCUAUUUAUUGUUAAUACACGUUAAUUUGUUCUUUAAUAAAUAUGCUGUGUUUUUGCUGUUAAAUCGUACAUAUUUGUAACAGCUACGUUUUAAAGGAAAACGAGUUUUAAUUUCACUGUCUGGUACAUGAAAUUAAUUAAAAACAAAUAAAAAUAAAGGGAAAUUGAAAAAACAAAGAACGUCAAAUAGUGUGUGUGUAAGCAUGACGUAUGAAGAAACUUGUGCGAGUGCAUGAAUUUGGUAUUCUUAAAAUACAAUGGAAAAUUUAAGAAUAUGUGCCACUGUUUGUCUAGUCAUAUAUAUAGGAAAAUAUCCUAGCAAUCACUGACCUUCAAAUUGAUAGUAACACCAUAUGUUUUUGUUGAUAAAUAAUGAAAGAUCACAUACAUCAGAAGUUAGCUGGAAUGAAAUGAAGCAUGGAUGUUAUACACAACGUUAACAAAAUUAAAAAAAAUAUAAACAUUGCAAUAGAAAUCAAGCUUGUAUCGUAUCACUAGGGGAGAUGUACAAUAUGCAAAUAAAUUUGUAUAUGUUAGUGAAAUAUGACGUCUUAUUCUCAAAACGAUAAUUAUUUCAAUGAAAUUGAUGCCUUAUCCUAUAAUAGCCGACCAAUUAGUAGCACUUUACAUAGUUAUAGCAAUUAUGAUCGUGGUGUUGCGAAAACUUUCUUCCACACAUACGAUAAUGCGCAAUACAGCAAGCAGUGUUCGUCGACCAGUAACGGAGUUAAUUACAAGAAACCAUUUCUCGUACCUAUGACAGUGGCUAAUAAUAGGAAAACCUUUGAAAAAUAUAAUACUAUGAAUGUCCAGUCUGUAAUGGCUACAGAUAAUUUAAUGUUUCACCAUAAUGCCUAUCCUCAGGAAGACAGCAAUACCAAGAAUACAAUUUUGACCAAUAACGAUGACGAUGGUGGAAGUGGAAUGAAGAACGAUGAUGAAUACGAAUGUAACGACCAUUGGAGACUUGUCAACAGUGACACCCAAGGCGAAUUGGGUCACAUGUUGAAAACUCUGCCUGAGAUGGCGCCGGAGCAGCCACACAGCAGUGUUACUUGGGAUGGUAUGUACAAUAGACCACCGAUAAACUUCGACGGUGAAGGUGCCAAUCUGCCUUCAAUAUCAGAAGUUGAUGUAGGUAUUGACAAAACGAAUCCUGCUUGGGGCAAAGACUAUGACAAUAUGCAUAAGAAGUCUAUAAUACCACCCUACGACGUUAGUGAUGAGUCUGGUUCUUAUGGGGUCACGACUGUGUGUGGCAGUAGCAUUCGCAGUGCGAAUAAGUUUUUGCCGGUGGUGCCUUUGCGUGCAUUGUCACGGCCCCAAGUAAAUGCUUGUAUUAAUUUAAAGCGCCAAUUAUUUGAAGAUACCUCAAAUGAAACGACUGCAAGGAAAGACACCGCGACGACAUUAGCGACAAUAAACAACCAGUACAAUUAUUAUGGCGACACAGCUCAUAUCAUACACAUCAAUAGUAGUGCAUCCGACUACUCUGAUUAUUGUCUGACGGAAUCACGCCCACAAAUGGCUAUUCAUAUGCAUCAAUCGUCUUUUGAUGCUGAAUUUAGUUUUUCCAGCGACUGUACGUCUAUCUGUAGCGACUCAACCGCAUCCACCACAACAACAAAUAUCGCACCACAUAAACUGCAUGGACUACAACAGCGUCGAUUUUCGAUUAUACAAGCUAUGACGACUGCUUCUGUAAUAGCUAGCGGCGAGACUCGUAUGUCGCCACAUCAAUUAAGUAAAAAGUUAGGAGGGGCGUCUAAGAGUCUUAAGACAAGCGCCAGCCAUUCCAUCGAUCAGAUAUAUUCAACAAAAGAUGAUAACCGAGAGACCAAAAGCUACAUAUGCGAAAAUACCGAUUUACCUCUAAUGGUCGCUUCCAGAAGUUUAGGCAAUACCACUGCUUUUUCAUCAGUAACCUUAGCUACAUCAACGUCUAUACUGUUGUCGUCGUCAUCUCCGAUAGUUGCAUCGCAGACGCCAAUGUCAACAAAGGUUACGGCGGUGCCAACAUUAAAUACAAUCGCUAAAAAAUUACCCAAACGUCUGCCAGUUGCCCCAAUAACUACGACGACCCGGUAUCCCAGCUUGGGUAAACACUUACCACAACCACCAACAUUCUUACUGGAUUCAUCUUCGUGCUUUAGUAAAGAUGAUAGAGUACCUAUUACAAUUUCUACGGCGCAAAGCUUAAAUUCAACAUUGACACAUACAAUCACCAGUACCCGAACAAAAACAGCGGAAACGCCUGAAGUUAUCAAUACGUUACCGUUCAUGUUACCCACAACAUCGCUAACAUCAUUAUCAUCAUCAUCAACAUCUGUACCACUAAACUCGACAGCAUUAAAACCGACAACAAAACUGGCAGUAGCAACAUCAUCACAAACAACCAUAUCACAAGCAUCUUCCUCCCCCAUUUUGACUACCACGAAAACGAUAACAGCGCUGGAAGCAGUUGUUACGACAACGGCAUCGUCAGCUAAAUCUUUUGAUUCAAGUACUCUUCUUUUUAAUGGUAACGAAAUUAAACGGCUUCACUCCAACAAUGAGAGUAGCUAUGACUUUAGUAGAGAAACAUUUGAUAACGAUGCAAAAAACAACAACAACAAUAAUGGAAAAGAAUUUUUUGAUUUUAAGAAAUAUAAUAUAAAAUCAGAAGAAACAUUAACAAUGAAAGAAAACUUUGCGGAGGAAUUUAUAAGGAAUAAAAUGUCUACUGUGGCAUUUAAAUCUACAUACCCAGACACAGGGAAAACAGAAAACCUGGCAUAUAAUGACCUCGAGCCAUUGAGGGAACCUCCGUCUGCAUUAACAACACCACUAACCACAAUAUCAACUACGACGAACACAUCCGAUUUCAGUGUAGAGGAUGCUUUCGGUGAAAAGAAUUAUUUAAAUUCGUACAUAUCGUCAACAACAUACACGACAAGUAGUAGCAGCAAUUUAACAUUUCCCUCAUUUCUCUCCAUUUCGAAACCUGCAGGUUUUCUGGAUCCAUGUUUUGUUAAAAAAUCUGACCCUAAUACCAUCGAAAGUCACAUAAAUUUUCAACCGUCAUCAUCACAAUUAUCAUCGCGUGACGUUAGCAUUCACAACAAUUCUACUUCUAAUAUGACUUUAACUGAAGCAGUGUCUACUGAAAUAGCAAACAUUAGUGACAGUGAAACUACUGUAUUGAAAAAAACUUUUGGUGACAGUAAUCUCGAUCACAGUCUUAAUAAUGACAACACUGACAGUAUUAACAAAAAUUCAUACUUCAGGAAUGAUUACACUAAGUACAGUUAUAACAGCGCAUUCUCAGACGACAACAAAGGAGACACAUGUUAUACAAGCACCAAACCUCUCACGACUGCGCAUACCCCGCCAGUAUUACCACUAACAUCAGUGGUGUCAUUAAUUACAGAUAUAAAGCCCGAGAUUACAAAUGAAUCUUCCAUAUUACCUCUGAUAUCAUCCUCAUCAACGAUAGCUUCGCCGUGUUCAUUAACAUUAGCAUCAACCAGAACAGUAACCGUCAAUUCGAAAUUAGAGGGUCUGUAUACUUCAAAUAAAUCAGAUGAUUUUAUAGAAGAAUAUACGUUUCCUUCUACGGUAGCUACCAUUUUACCCACAAUUACAACGUAUGUGAGAGUAACAACGGCUGAAAAGUCGCCGCAAGUGAGUCCAAUAAGUGCGGCUGAGUCCUCAACUUUGAAUAAUUCGUGUCCGAUAAUCACAACCACAAAAUGCAGCACUGAUGUGAUGAUUUCAUCAUCAUUAACAUCAUUGUAUACAAAUAGUUUGCCUACAACAAAUUUCAAGGUAUUUGAAUCGUUGCCAGUAAGUACAAGCCCUACUCUCAAAAAAUCCACACAAAGAACAUUAAGCGAACAUAGUCCAGUUGUUGACUUUACCACAAUAACAUAUGAAGACUAUUUAAAAAGUCUUAAUAGUACAUGUAGCCACACAUCUACUACGUCUACAUUUACAACAAUCUCGACGACUGUACCGAUUGCUACAGAUCUACCUGUGUAUAUUAGCGAUACGCUCUUAACAUCGUUUGGUGACUAUUCUAAAAGUUAUUUAAGCAUGUACAAGUUAAGUGAUCUCGAUACUUUUUUACCUACUGAAGCGGAAACAAAACCGCUUGUUAUUGAUGAUCAAAAUAACGCAUUAUCAGACCUAACAGUAGAAGAAAACAAAGCGGAAUUUCCGGGCUAUGUUCCUGCUGCUACCACCAUCGUUUUAAAUAAUAAAAGCAAUGAUUAUUUAACCUUUGAAACGUUUGAUUCUUCAUCAGUUGCACCGUACUCAAAAACAAGUGAAGCCCUUUUGACAACAGUAGGUUUUGAUAACAGUUUUUAUACAAGUUACGAUGUAGACUUAAACUUCUUAAUGAAAUCUGUCACUAUCACCAAUCAGUCAGAAGUGCAGCAAACAACCAGCGCUGUCACAACGACAAUGCCUUUACUUUCAAAAUCAAGUGACAUACAAAGUUUUCCAGAAGUUAGUGAUACAAUUUUUAACACUCCGACAGAAAGCAAUACUUUGGUUUACGCCGUAAGUUGUGUCACUGACGCAAAUUGUAACGCUACUACUAGUGAGAUUACCACCGAUGUCAUUAGACCAGAUAGUGACAACAAGCUGUCAGCAAUAGCAUCAGAAAACGAAGUUACAUCAUCAAAGUCAUCUCCUUCGGAUCCACAUAAAACUCCUACAGCAACAACAACUUUGGUUGCUGGCAAGGCCUCUAACCUGCUGGAUGAUUUCUCCAAGGGUUUGAAAGAUGGGCUUGACGGACUUGUUAUUGGUGGUCGCACAACCAGCAGUAAUAUUUCUCAAAAACAAUCCAGCAGUACAAGGAAGAGCUUCGGUUUCAGUUUUCCUUCGAAAUUGGUACCAAACGUUGGUAACCUGUUGAGCGGAGGCAAUAAACAUAUUUCAACAACAGCGGAGACAACGACCUCAAGUACGCUAAUAAGUGGAUCUACUUUGGAAACAUUAGGAAUUGAACAUAUUACGAUAUCUAUGUCGACGGCAGAAUCAACGCCUAACAGUUCUGACUUAAAAACAAACUUUUCUAACAUACAAAUCGCCAAGGAAGAAUGCUGUGGUAAGAAUAGCCUCACUGUAGAUGAAAAAUUACUCAACAAUAAUGUUUGCAUCACAACUUAUAAAGAAGAUAAUAGGAAAGUUGAAGACGCUGGGAAUUUACACAAAACCCUUCAGUCCUCUACAUUUUAUCACGUGACGAGCAGUGAUGAUUAUGACAAUGCGGGGUUAAAAACAUUCGGUCCAUCUUUUAAAUCGGAAACAAAACUAUACGAUGCAGACAAAACCUUUGCAAACGCAGAGCACGAUGUGAGCUUUGAGGUAAACUAUGAUAGGAAUGGUCAUGCAGAGGAUCAAAGAGAGGCCGGACCACAAUGCAUUGAUGAUAAACAAAGAGUGAUCGCGUUCAGCACUCCAAGUACGCUUCCCGUUUCUACAGCGACUACUGAAACGGUGAAAACUGCAAAGAAGACUAAAAAUAUUUUGUCAUCGUUAUCACAAGUUGCUUCUCAAAUACCUACGCCACCAACUACUAGGACAGCGGUUAGUGUAACAGGAUCCAAACCUGCCAGCGGAGGGAUGUUUGGCACAUUUUUAGGAAAAGCAGCUGCCGCUGUUCAAUCAGCCACGCUGGCAGUUAAUCAAGGGGCUUCAAUUGCAAGCGCGGUUGUACAAAAAGUACCCAACUCUAAUAAUGUUAAGGGCCAACAACAGAAGCAUCAGUUGACACCUAACAAGGAGACGAUUCCCGCAACUACUGACAGCACUGAAACCACUGGAACUAGUUGCAAAAGGGAAGUGAUUUUAGAACAACAACAUGGACGCAGCCCAUAUUCAAUCACCAACAAUGAUAGUUAUGAACACAGUACUCUGAAACUAAUAAAUUACGAACAAAGUUCAGAAUAUCAAACAUACGACCAUCAAAAUCAACACCAAAUGAAAUUGCUCCCAACUGUGCCAGUUGUUACAUCCACUGGCAAAAAACUGCCCAUUAUUAACCCCGCAAAAUCGGGCUACUUGAUGAAACAACAACCAACAGAAACUUAUGACACUGAUGAAGAAGAUGUGCUCAAUACCGACAAAGAUGUAGAUAUCAGGCACGAUCUUAACUAUGACAUUGAUAACGAACAACAUGAAUAUAGCAUAAGUUCGCAAAAAUUAACAGAAGUUUUAGACGACCAAAGGGUCACCAGUCAUCUCAUUAGUAGCUAUUAUGAACACGCAAACGGUGGUUAUGAUUAUCGCGACGAUUAUUUUAACGAAGAGGACGAAUACAAAUAUCUUCAAAUUGAUGAAAAUAACAAAGAGCGGGAAACUCAGAAAAUAUUAAAAGUUAAUAAUGGCAACCAAUUUUAUAUAUCGCCGAAGGAACAGCCACAACAGCAAAAUUCAGUGUAUCAAAAAUCAUUGCAGUACAGUGACGAAGAUAUGCGUAAGUUGGAAACAUCAAUUGACUACGUGGAUGAUAUGUACCCCAGUGAGGAUAGCGGUAAUUACUUAGAUGAAAGCUCAAGUGGUAGUGGAAUAUACCCAAACGCAAUAGACAAGAUUAAUCGUUCUUUAGAAACCCAGAAGCACACAACGCAAACAGAAGAUUUAGUUGUGGCCAAUCUAACAACCACAUUGGCAAAUCAAUUACAAGCACAUCAACAAAUCAAAAAGCAAAACAGCAUCAUUAUGGAAGAGGACGAGUUAUCGUCAAUCGUGCUCAGUGAUAAAAGCGGUGUCUCUCCAGCUAAAUCUCUCAGUCGCAAGUCCAGUAAUAUACUAUUGAUGGAUGAUGUCGACGAACUUCACAAUCUCACAAUCUAUCCAGGCCAUCAGACUUUACAAAUUCGCAAAAAUAAAUUAACCCGUGGUGAAACUGAGGAAGUUGUUAGCGGACACAUGCAGAUCCCCAAGCGUAAACCGGAGAUAACUGCUCGUCAACGAUGGCAUUGGGCCUUCAACAAAAUUAUCAUUCAACUCAAUAAUAGCAGCGGUUCAGUUGAUGGUUGCAUGCGUGCCAAUGGUCACCCUGGGGACAAUCCCUUUUACAGUAACAUUGACAGCAUGCCGGAUAUUAGACCUCGUCGUAAAUCAAUUCCCCUGGUAUCGGAACUGGUGCUUAAGACAAUGGCUGCUACAAAGCGAAAUGCUGGCUUAACAUCGGCAGUACCAAGGGCUACCUUAAACGAUGAAGAGCUGAAAACUCAUGUAUACCGUAAGGCAUUGCAAGCUUUAAUAUAUCCAAUAUCUUCAACGACACCGCAUAAUUUUGUUUUAUGGACUGCGACGUCACCGACUUAUUGUUAUGAAUGUGAAGGUCUUUUAUGGGGUAUAGCACGACAAGGAGUUCGUUGCACUGAAUGCGGUGUUAAGUGUCACGAGAAAUGCAAGGAUUUACUUAAUGCCGAUUGCCUACAAAGAGCAGCUGAAAAGAGUACGAAGCACGGUGCAGAGGACAAAGCCAUUUCGAUUAUAAAAGCGAUGGAAGAACGCAUGAAACAACGUGAGCGCGAUAAACCGGAAAUAUUCGAACUGAUACGAGCUGUAUUCAACAUUGAUGAUAAAUCACAUAUAGGACACAUGAGGGCGGUCGAAAAAAGCGUUUUGGAUGGCACCAGCAAAUGGUCAGCUAAAAUAGCAAUAACAGUGAUAUGUGCUCAAGGACUGAUAGCAAAGGACAAAUCCGGCUUCAGCGAUCCCUACGUUACCGUCCAAGUUAGCAAGGUGAAAAAGCGUACGCGUACAAUGCCACAGGAAUUAAAUCCUGUUUGGAACGAAAAAUUUCACUUUGAGUGCCACAACUCAUCUGAUCGCAUUAAGGUGCGAGUCUGGGAUGAGGACAACGAUCUGAAAUCGAAAUUGCGUCAGAAAUUGACACGAGAGUCUGAUGAUUUUCUGGGACAAGCUAUUAUUGAAGUGCGCACUUUAUCGGGCGAGAUGGACGUAUGGUAUAAUCUGGAGAAACGUACGGACAAGUCGGCUGUGUCUGGUGCAAUACGUCUGCAUAUAUCUGUGGAGAUAAAAGGCGAAGAAAAGGUAGCGCCCUAUCACGUGCAAUACACCUGUCUGCACGAAAAUCUAUUUCAUUAUCUUUGUGAAGAUAAUUGUGGUAUGGUCAAAUUACCACAGCAAAAAGGUGAUGACGCUUGGAAAUUGUAUUUCGAUGAAAUACCGGAAGAAAUAGUAGAUGAAUUUGCGAUGCGCUAUGGAAUUGAAAACAUCUAUCAGGCUAUGACACACUUUCAUUGCCUUUCUGCCAAAUAUCUGUGUCCUGGAGUGCCAGCAGUAAUGAGCACGUUGUUGGCAAAUAUUAACGCUUAUUACGCACACACCACAGCCUCGUCAUCCGUAUCUGCUAGCGAUCGUUUUGCCGCUAGUAAUUUCGGGAAAGAAAAAUUCGUUAAACUUUUGGACCAAUUGCACAAUUCACUACGAAUAGAUUUAUCAAUGUACCGUAACAACUUUCCUGCUUCCAGUCAAGAAAAACUUAUGGAUCUCAAAUCAACGGUCGAUCUCUUAACCAGCAUUACUUUCUUCCGUAUGAAGGUUCAGGAGCUUUCUAGUCCUCCUCGCGCAAGUACGGUCGUCAAAGAUUGCGUCAAAGCUUGUCUUAGAUCCACCUAUCAAUUCCUAUUCGAGAAUUGUUACGAACUCUAUAACCGGGAAUUUCAGGUGGAUCCAAACGAAGCUAAACGUGAUUCUGAUGACCAUGGGCCUAAAUUAGAUAGCGUCGAUUUUUGGCAUAAACUUAUAGCGCUUAUUGUAUCCGUGAUUGAUGAAGAUAAAAAUAGCUAUGGAUCGGUGCUCAAUCAGUUUCCACAGGAACUAAACAUAGGACAACUAUCGGCUGCAACCAUGUGGAGUUUAUUUGCUGUUGAUAUGAAAUAUGCUUUGGAGGAGCAUGAACAACACCGUCUCUGCAAAUCAUCCGCGUAUAUGAACUUGCAUUUUCGAGUGAAAUGGUUGUAUAGCAAUUAUGUAAAAGAGGUUCCUCCGUAUAAAGGGGCUGUUCCUGAAUAUCCAGCUUGGUUUGAACCUUUCGUAAUGCAAUGGUUGAAUGAAAACGAUGAUGUCUCCCUCGAAUAUCUUCAUGGAGCGUUUAAUCGUGAUAAAAAGGACGGGUUUCAAAAGAGCAGCGAACAUGCCCUUUUCUCUAACUCGGUGGUUGACGUGUUCACACAGUUGACACAAUGCUUCGAUGUUGUUAGCAAACUCGAAUGUCCCGACCCUGAAAUAAUGAAACGCUACAUGAGACGAUUUGCUAAGACCAUCGUUAAGGUGUUAAUAGCCUAUGCCGAUAUAGUCAAGAGGGAAUUUCCAGAGCAUAUGAAGGAUGAAAGAGUUGCUUGCAUUUUAAUGAACAAUAUUCAACAACUGCGUGUUCAGCUGGAGAAGAUGUUCGAAUCAAUGGGUGGAGACAAACUGGAAGAAGACGCUGCUAACAUACUUAAAGAAUUGCAACAAAAUCUAAAUUUUGCCUUAGAUGAUCUGGCUUCGAAAUUUGCUGUGAGUUUGGAACCACGGAUUACCCAAUCCGUAAGGGAAUUAGGUGAUUUGUUAUUGGCCAUCAAGGGUGGAACCGGACCAUGCCAAAACGUGAAUACUUCUAAUCAGGUUGCUCAACGAAAUGCUGUAGCCGUCGAAGCUGAUGAAGUACUGCGCCCACUAAUGGACCUCUUAGAUGGAUCCUUAACACUGUACGCGCAAUCAUGUGAAAAGACUGUUCUGAAACGUUUGCUAAAGGAGCUGUGGAAAAUUGUAAUGCGUACUUUGGAAAAGACCAUAGUAUUACCACCCAUGACAGAUAAAACCAUGAUGUUUAAACAUUUGACAGACAAUGCUAAAAACCUCGCUUCGAAUGCUAAAAUCGAGGAUAUGGGUCGCCUAUUUAAAUCUCAUAUGGCUGGUAAACAGGAUGUAAAAAGUGCUUUAAGUGGUGUAAUGGAUAUUUCCAAAGAGGUGGAAAAGAAUCUUUCACCUAAACAGUGUGCUAUUCUUGAUGUAGCAUUAGAUACGAUAAAACAGUACUUUCAUGCUGGUGGUAACGGCUUAAAAAAAACGUUCCUUGAAAAAUCCCCAGAAUUACAAAGUUUACGCUACGCAUUGAGUCUUUACACUCAAAUGACCGAUACGCUUAUUAAAACCUUCAUAUCAAGUCAGGUACAUGAAGAAAAUCAAGAGGAAAGUGUAGGAGAAAUAUCGGUGCAAAUUGAUUUAUAUUCCCAUCCUGGCACAGGCGAAUAUAGGGUUAACGUUAAAGUUGUGGCCGCAAAUGACUUGAAAUGGCAAAUACCAUCCGGCAUGUUUCGCCCUUUUGUGGAAAUUAAUUUGAUUGGGCCGCAUUUGCAAGACAAAAAACGGAAGUUUGCAACAAAAUCAAAAUCAAAUAAUUGGUCUCCGAAAUACAACGAAUCAUUUAAUUUCACUAUUGGCACAGAGGAGCAAUUAGAUUUCUUUGAAUUACAUAUUUGUGUCAAAGAUUACUGUUUUGCCCGUGAUGACCGUUUAGUCGGUGUAGCAGUUAUACCUCUUAAGGAUAUUCUAGAAAAGGGAUCUGUAGCCUGCUGGUUGCCCCUGCAAAGACGUAUCCAAAUGGAUGAAACUGGCUGGACUAUAUUGCGGAUUUUAUCACAACGGAACAAUGACGAAGUUGCUAAGGAAUUUGUGAAACUGAAAUCCGAAAUCCGUCAAGAACCAACUGCUGGGACUUAAAAUAAAUGAGUAACAUUAAAGUCACUAAUGCACACAUGUAAACGAAUAUCUCAUAUUGUAUGGACGGACUCCGUACGGAACAAAAACAGUCUAUAAAAAACUGCUCUCAUAAUGGUACCCCGUUCUCCAUUUAUUUUGAUAUAUAUAUCAUAUACAUUAUAUAUCAUA